UUAAGAAAUAUGCCUAUAUCUUUGUCUAUCUUUUAAGUCAAAUUUAAUAUUAUAGUAUCCUUCCAGGUCCUGUGCUGUUGCGCUGUACAAUGUUUUCCAGCAUGGCUCCAAAACGCAAGCGAACUAAAAUGGACCCACAAAGGUUUAAUUUCGUUAAGGAACAGGACAUUGAAAAGGAGGAGGUUGAAGCAGACGAUGUAUGUGAACCUGGAAAGGAUGAUGAGGAAUUUAAUCUGCAGGAAGUUUUGCGUUUGGGAGGCACAAGAGCAGAUUAUGCCAUGCUGGUCUCUGUAAACGACUGCAAUGAGCUCAUUGACGGCGGAAAGAAAGAUUCCAUCGAUGAUCUGAAAGAGGGGGAGCUUCAGGACUUCAUCACCAAACUGGGUAUACGGGCAUACAACCCCCUUCAAGUAAUACAGGAAGAGCCUGAUGAGCAGCAGAUAGAGGUUGGUAAGAAUGGGAUGAGGAAAAAUGUGGAGGCAGAAAAAACACAGAAAGUUCCAGAGAAAGUCCAAACAGAUUUACAGGAUGGACCACAAACAGGAACCACAGACAAAAAUAAAACCAAGAAGUCCAAAGAAAUAUUAAGUAGUGAGGUUCCUAGGAAGAAGAUCAAGAUGAAUGCCAACGUUUUUGAUUUCCAGCUGAGACAGAUACUACUUAUUAAGCCUGGGGGCAAGUGGUUUGAUCUGGAGUACACCAAUGAGAGCAAUUUCACUCCACAAGAUGAGUCUCUUGUAUCCAAAUACAAAUGCCUGGCUCAGAAGUUGUUUGAGGCUGAAACAGAACAUUUCAAGAGCAAGAAGCACUCAAACAAGGGUGCCAGUUCCACUUGGAUGAAGACGGUGGUGUCCACAGGGACUCUGGCUGACAGGAUGGCAGCCAUGACAUUGCUGAUACAGGAUGCGCCGGUCCACAACCUGCAACUUGUGGAAAACCUGGUGUCGCAGAUAAGGAAGAAAGGCGGUCGUCGCCAAAGCCUGAUGGCCCUAGACACCCUAAGGGAACUUCUGAUGUCUGAUCUGCUCCCAGAGAACCGCAAGCUCAGGACGUUUUCUCAGCAUCCCUUUGGCGACCUGGAGAAGCUGUCCAGUGGGAACAGGGACGCCCGUGAUCGCAGGCUUAUCCUCUGGUACUUUGAGCACCAGCUGAAGCACCAGGUGGCAGAGUUUGUGGUGUCACUUGAGUCUCUGGCUCAUGAUACUGUGGCAGACACCAAGGCCCAAGCCCUGACUACAGCACAUGAGCUGCUGUGCAACCGCCCUGAGCAGGAGAAGGCCCUGCUCGCCCAGGUGGUCAACAAGCUGGGAGAUCCCGAGUACAAGAUGGCAGCCAAGGCCUCCUACCUCCUUGACAUGCUACUGCAUAAACAUCCCAAUAUGAAGGCAGUGGUCUGCAGUGAGGUCGAGCGGCUAAUGUUCAGGCCAAACAUCAGUUCCAAGGCGCAGUACUACGCUGUGUGCUUCCUCAACCAAAUGGUGCUCAGCCACGAUGAGGCCGACCUGGCAAGUAGGCUCAUCUCCAUCUACUUUUCCUUUUUUCGUGCGUGCAUCAAGAACAAGGAUAUCGAAUCGAAGAUGCUGAGUGCCCUGCUUUCGGGCGUCAACCGGGCGUACCCAUAUGCCAACGUGGGCGAUGACAAGAUUAAGGAGCAGCUGGACACCCUAUUUAAGGUGGUGCACUUGGUGAAGUUCAACACCGCCAUCCAGGCUCUCAUGCUGCUUUUCCAAGUGAUGGACUCCCAGCAGACUAUCUCUGACCGUUACUACGUUGCCCUUUACAAGAAGCUGCUGGACCCAGGCCUCUCGCAAUGCUCCAGGCACGGCAUGUUCCUCAACCUGCUGUACAAGUCCUUGAAAUCGGAUGUGGUCUUGCGAAGGGUGAAGGCUUUUGUGAAGAGGUUGUUGCAGGUCAGCUGUGAGCAGAAUCCCACUUUUGCCUGCGGGGCACUUUUCCUGGUGUCAGAAGUGAUGAAGGCCAAGCCUGGACUCAGGGUCUUACUGCAGGACAGCAGCGGCUGUGAGGAGGAGACUUUCAAAGACGUGGUGAAUAAUGAUGAUGAUGAUGAAGAGGAGAGGUUUACUGAUGCAGAUAAGGUGGAGGAAGGGCAGAGCGCCAAACCAGAGAAAGCCAAGGAGGUGGCGUCUUGGGUACACUACCAGAAUCUCGAGGGGGCGAAGACGUUGGAGACCUAUGACCCGUUACACAGAAACCCUUUAUUCUGCGCGGCUGACCGCACCACACUGUGGGAGCUGCACAGGCUCUGUGCACACUUCCAUCCAUCCGUGGCUCUCUUCGCCCAUACUAUCUUGAAGGGUGACUUUAUCCAGUACACAGGUGACCCUCUGCAGGACUUUACCCUCAUCCGGUUCCUGGAUCGUUUUGUCUUCAGGAAUCCCAAACAGCAGAAAGUUAGAGAAAACAUAGACAGUACGGUGAUGCAGGCCAAACACAAGCUAUCCAUGAGCAACAGCCGCGCUUUGCCUGUAAACUCGGUGGAGUUCCUGGCAAAGGACGAGAGCCAAAUCCCAGUGGAUGAAGUGUUCUUCUAUCGGUUCUUCAAGAGACGUGAGAAGGAUAAGUGGCAGUAUCGCAGGAAAGACAGAGAUGAUGAAAGUGUGGAAGAAGUAGAUGACGAUGAGUUUGAGAAGGCACUUGAUUCAUUUGAAGGUGAUAGUUACUUCACAGACUUAAUGGACAACGGUCUUGACUUUGCUGGUAAUGUGAAGGGCAAAAGUAAAAAGAAGAGACAGAUUGAGGAUGAGGACGACUCUGACUCUGAUCUCGAUGUGGAUGACCUGGAUGAUGAAGAGGUGUCCCUGGGCAGCAUGGACAAGGAGGAUUUCGGGGAUGAGCUGGAGGAGGAUGGAGGGAUGUUUAUGGAUCUAGGAGGGGAGGAGGAGGAAGGAGCAGAUUCUGAAGAUGAGAUGAAUGUGGUGUCAGAAAUGAGUAAAGCGUCUAAGAAGGGCAGAAAACAGAAGUUUGAUGGGCUGGACUUCGCUGGUGGACUCGGAACACAGUCAAGGCAAAAGAAGAAAGAAGCUAAGAGCAAGGAUAACAUGUUAGCCACUGCAGAGGAGUUUGGGUAUCUGCUGGAUGAAAAUGCUGGAUUAAAGUUUGACAACAUUGGCAUGGAUGCCAUGGCAAACAGAGACCAAGCAAGCCUCAAACAGCUCAAGUGGGAAGUCCAGCGGGACGACUGGCUGCACGGCAGAGACGCCAAAACGCUGAGGAGGAAGAAGGCCGCCUUCCAGAGGAGGAAACAGUCUGGCAAAGUGGGGAACAAAACAAGAAAAAAGUAGUAGCUGCUGAUUGGCCGGUCCUGGGCCAGGCAGGAGAUUGGCGGCCCUGCUGUUUGUUCCUGGGGGCUCCCAUGCCACCUCUGCUCUGCUCAGGGAUCUUGCAUUACUUCUUGGAGGACCAUGCCUCCAGGUCGCUCUCCCGGAUCCCGUACAUCCCAGCCCACUCAUUAGACUUGUAAUAGACUGAAAGGAACCAAUCACAGGAUAAGAUGUUAGCCUAUGAACACUGGCAUUCCAACAAUAAAGAUUUGUAUGAAACUUG